AUGGCAUAUUCUGCUUUAACACUCACACAAUCUCUCUACACACGUUCCUUCAGACCUAUCACUCCCACCAUCUUCUCUUCUUCUUUUCCCGCGUCAUUCUCGUGUCUCUGUUCUUCUUCCACCGAUUGCGAGCCGAAACUCACGUUCCUCGCCGCGAAGAAGCGCGUUUUCGGAAUGGGUCUAGGUUUCAUAGCAGCUUCGAUUCUCUCCCUGACGCCUCUGGACGCAGACGCCACGAGGAUCGAGUAUUACGCCACCGUUGGAGAUCCUCUCUGCGAAUACCGCUACGCCAAAUCGGGGCUUGGCUUUUGCGAUAUCGACGAAGGAUUCGGUGACGAAGCUCCUCGUGGCGUUCUCGUCAAUGUUCAUUACACGGCGAGGUUUGCAGAUGGAACGUUGUUUGACAGUAGCUACAAGCGUGCGAGACCACUUACUAUGCGAAUUGGAGUCGGAAAGGUUAUUAGAGGUUUAGACCAAGGGAUUCUUGGAGGAGAAGGAGUACCUCCGAUGCGAGUAGGAGGGAAGCGUAAACUUCAAAUUCCACCUAAGUUAGCUUAUGGACCAGAGCCUGCAGGAUGCUUCUCCGGUGACUGUAACAUACCAGGCAAUGCAACUUUGCUCUACGAUAUAAAUUUUGUUGAGAUCUAUCCAGGAAGUAAUACAAGAUGA